CUGUCUCCAAAAGAACAAGGUGGGUGGUGUGAGAAACGACACCUGGCGUUUACCUUGGCUCCAUAUGCAUGUGAACACAUAUACGUGAACACCCCCCCAAAACAUACCAAAGUGGGGGGCAGGGACCUCCAAGGAAGAGCCAUAUUCCAUUGGGGUUCAGAUUCAGAGGGCUGUGGUCCUGUGGGGAUGAGACAAAGCCAGAAAGAAGUGGUCCUCUUGGACGACAGAAUCAGGAUUCAAAGGCUUCUCGCAGAGGAGGCAGUUAACUGAGGCGACGUCUAGUAAGAAGGACUAUGUAGACUGACUCUUCGGUUACAAGAGUCGUCGUUUUCAUGAAUGGAAUAUGCAGGGAGCCUGGCCUAAGGUAGUUUCUUAUGAGGCUGUCCUAGCAAUAGUCUCUGACCUGAAGCUAAUAAUGACGCAGACAUCAGACCGUAUUGGAGACACACGGGGCAGGGGUAUGGAGGGGAUUGUGAGUUUAUUCUUGGCGGGGUUGGAGAGUUAAUGUUGCAGCUCCUACCUAAGAGAAACCGACAGUGCUGACCCACCACUGAUCCCAGACAGGCAGCCUGACCACCCUACCCGGGUGGCAGAAGUUGGUGGGAAGGGAAAUCUGCAGUUAUCAGACCUCCUAGGGCACGCAUAGACAGUGGACAGUCUGAACCUUAUUGCAGGAAAAUGGCUGGGAAAGGGUUUCCUGGUAUGCCUCUUAAUCCGGUCAUCCCUGGUCCAGGGCCUGGAUUGCAGUACCCAUGUGCAAGUAAGACAUUUAAGACUACUGUAUCCGGCUAGAUUAUUGAGCAGGUCUGGGGGAUCCCAGCAGGGAGGGCAGGCCUGUCUCCAAGCUUUGCUACUUUUUGCCGAGUAUCCUAGAGGUACCUAGGGGCUGAGUGUGUUUGGGGGCCCUCCUGGAAUUCAGCGCCCCGAGUUCCGCCUGCUCCUUUUUUUGGUAAACCUCGUGUUUGCCCGGCCCCUCGGGCGUCAGCUCAGAACUGGGGCCGGGGGCUGGCAACGGGGAGGGGGCUGGCGGAGCUCGCGGCGCGGCCCCAAGUUUAUGCUAAUCCGUACAGAGCCCGCCUCCCGCCUCCCCUGCGCGGCCCCAGCCGCGAGUAGCCCGGGCCACUCGGCGGGACGCAGCGGCCGCGCAGCUCCAGGCGGCCGAACAAGCGCGCCGCGGGUGUCGCGAGUGGAGUUGGGAGCCCGGCUGGCGAGCGGAGGGUCGCCCGCGGCCAGGGGCCGAGUGGAGACAGAGCGCGAUGGGUCGCCGGCUGCCCAUGUGGCUGUGCGCCGUCGCGGCGCUGCUCUCGGGGGCACAGGCCAAGGGCACCCCGCUCCUCUCACGGCCAGCACAGCCCAGCGCCUCCCGCUACAGCCUCUACACGACCGGAUGGCGUCCGCGGCUGCGCCCGGGGCCGCACAAGUCCCUCUGUGCCUAUGUGGUACACAGGAAUGUGACCUGCGUUCUACAGGAGGGAGCAGAGAGCUAUGUAAAGGCUGAGUACCGCCAGUGUGGGUGGGGGCCCAAUUGCCCUUCCACAAUCAGGUACCGCUCAGUGCUCAGACCCAGAUAUAAGAUUGGCUACAAGACUGUGACAGACCUGGCCUGGCGUUGCUGCCCUGGUCUUACUGGAGAAGGCUGCCCUGAACACCUCACAGACCAUGGAGCUACCCCUCCACACCGAGAGCCAGAGCCCCAGAUUCCCUUAGGGCAGCUGGGCCCAGGCUCCAGGCCUCCUUACAGCAGAGAGACCCCAAGCUCUCAUGGAAGAAAAGGCCAAGGGCUGUUUGGUGAGCGGCUAGAACAGCUAGAGGGUGAUGUUCGGCGCCUGUCACAAGCAUAUGGCACUCUGAGCGGUUUGGUGGCCAGCCAUGAGGAUCCCAAUAGGAUUACUGGUGACCCUAGGACUCCUGUUGUACCUAUAGGCUUUGGGGUCAUCCCUGAAGGGCUGGUAGACCCAGAAGACAGAGGCAGAGGACCACUCAUACCUCCUCUGGGUGAGAUCCUAAAUAAAGUGACAGAGGUGAGUAACACGUUACAGACCAAGGUGCAGCUCUUAGAUGAGGUGCAUGGGCUGGCCCUCGGUCACGAGGCUCACCUGCAGCGGCUGCGGGAAGCCCCGCCGUCCCCACUGACCUCCCUAGCACUGCUGGAGGAGUACGUGGACCAGCGGCUGCAACGACUCUGGGGGAGCCUGCUGGAUGGCUUUGAGCAGAAGCUGCAAGGUGUUCAAAGUGAGUGUGACCUGCACGUGCAGGAGUUGCGGCAGCAGUGUGAGGAGGGCCAAGCAGCCAGCCAGCGCUUGCACCAGAGCCUUGAUGGCCGGGAGCUGGCCCUGCGUCGGGAGCUCUCGCAGCUGGGCACUCAGCUGCAGGGCCUGACUCUGACUGGUGGGGGCACCUGCUGCAGCCAACUGGCUUUGAUCAGUGCCCGCGUGGACAGCCUUGAGAGGAACCUGCAGGCUGUCACGGAGGCCCAAGGUGGCCUCAGCACCCUGGCUGCAGAUGAGCUUGUACGUAUUUCUGCUGCUGUGCUCCAGGGAGGUGUGGACGGGCUGCUUGAGGGCCCAGAGACCAUUAAUGGAACAGAGGAUGGAGCAAGGGGCUGCUGUGUGAGGAUGGAGAUGGGGGGCUGGAGCGUCGGUGGUUUCGGGUCUACGCUAGAAGAGCGUGUACAGAGCCUAGAGGAGCGUCUGGUGGCCCUGACUAGAGAGCUAAACCACAACAGUGCCACACCAGACAGACCAGCACGGCCGCUUGUUCAGACAGAGCUAGCCGUGCUGGAACAACGGCUAGUCUCCCUGGAGACCUCAUGCACCCCAAGUACCACCUCAGCCAUCCUGGACAACCUUGUGGCAGAGGUGAAGGCCUGGCAGAGCCGGAGUGAGGCCCUCCUACACCAGGUGGCCAGUCACACUGCUCUGCUCCAACAGCUCAAUGGCACAGUAGCCGAAGUUCAGGGGCAGCUGGCAGAAGGCACAGGCAGCUCUCUCCAAGGUGAGAUCACUUUGUUGAAGGUCAACUUGAACUCAGUGAGCAAGUCCCUCACGGGCCUCAGUGAUUCCGUCAGCCAGUACUCGGAUGCCUUCGUGACCGCCAACACAUCCCUAGAUGAACGAGAGCGAAAGGUGGAAGCUGAAGUCCACGCCAUCCAGGAACAGGUCAGAGGUCAAGGCUCACGGCUUCAGGCUGGCCACAGGCAGGUCCUGAACCUGCGAGGGGAGCUGGAAAAGCUCAAGGCUGGUGUGGCCAAUGUGGCUGGAGGGUUGAGCCGCUGCCGGGACACAGCCCAGGAACUCCAGCAUACAGUGGGCCACUUUGACCAACGGGUGGCACGAGUGGAAGGAGCCUAUGAGAGGCUGGGCCUGUUGGCUGCCCACCUGAACAGUUUGCCUACUGAGCAGUUGGGCAGAUCCAGGGACGGCCUGUGGGGCCACAUAGAUAAGCUGAACCGCACGCUGGCCCAGCACACACAGGACAUCGCCCGACUCCGGGAUGACCUGCUGGACUGCAGAGCCCAGCUGGCUGAGGUGAGGCCAGGGCAAGCUGACUAGGAACUGGAUGGAAUCUAAAGCCAGAUCCCACCAACCCUGGGAAUAUCAUCCCAGAGACCAACCCUACCCAGCAGCACCUUCUAGCCUUCCCUGGCCAUCCAGAGGCCACUGGACGAAUGGCCUUGGUCCAGCUCAGCCACCCUGAAAGAUCCAGCCAUGGAUCAGGAUAACUGUCAAGGCGAGCUAUAGAAGACACAGUCUCCAAGAGUCAAGGCAAGCACGUCAUGCCUGCAGACACAGUUGGACUUCUGAGAUGGCACGCUGCAAUGUCUGCACUUUCUCUUGUUGCAGACACACUGGAGUUAGCAACUGUGUAAAACUCCCAGGCCAAGACUCAAACAAACCUGUCCACUGUUCCCUUUACCGACCAGGGACCAGUCACAGCCCUUGGAGGCAUCUCUCCCCUUGUCCCGUGGGCUUCCAUCCUUAGGUAUGUAAGGAAGAUGAUGCCCACUGGACUUAUCUGGCAGCUUCAUAGGUGCUAUUUCUGAACCAAAGACCAGAGGCCACCCGAAGUUUCCAUUUCCCCACACAUCCUUCAGGACAGAACAAAAGCAUGCAGCCCAGCCAGGAGUUCUCUGUAUUCCUUUUGAUCUUGCCUCAUGGUAAGGGUGUAGGCAGCUGUAGACUCCCAAAGAAAAGAAGGAAUCCGAGCACUGUUUGGAGACCCCACCCCAAUUUAUAAUUUUUCUUUGAAUUCACAAAUACACCCACAUGGUCCUCUCCAGUUAGAGGAAAAUCUCUCCCCUGCUACCCAGGUCAGUACCUCUGGCCAAGAGCAGCCUUGUGGUCUGUUGAGGCAGACCCUGAGAAAGGGGCUGUAGCUGGAUGAAAAGGAGUCCAGACUUUGCUGUCCAACAUCCUUACAACACCCCAGCCUUGCCAGGAGGUUCACAAACUGGAGAGAAGUUGGGGUAGGGAGCUGUCAAGGAACAACUGGAAAAUACACAUGCUUAGACUGACCAUCUCUGCUGACUCCUGGCCUCAGUUUCCCCCAAACAGCUGGAGCCUGCUGUGCUGUUUGUCUCCCCAUAUCCCUGCAUUCUGACUUGUGGGAAUUCACUGCCCUCCACUCUGAUGUGGCUGGAAGCAGGCUGAAGAUUAAAUCUUUGAACUGG